AUGCGGUUGGCGUGGUACGCAGGGUGCUCGACGGCCCUGGCGGCCUCGGUCAUCCUUUCGGCGUUCCAUCAGCGAGCUAACUUCUACUCUGCGGUUGUCCAUCUGGGCCAGAGCAGCCUCUCUCUCGUGGUCCUCGUGAACCUAAUCUUCGUCCUCUAUGGAGCCUUCAUGUACGGCCUCCAGCGCCUCUGCUUCGGCCCCCUCCGCCCCGUCGAGAUCGAGCAAUUGUACGAACGCGCCUGGUUUGCCGUCACCGAGACAUGUCUGGCCAUGACCAUCUUCCGCGAAGAGGUCGGCCCCUUCUUCCUGUGCAUGUUCACGGCCCUUGUCACGGGCAAAGUAUGGGGCUGGAUAGGCGAAGGCCGCGUCGAGGUCUUUGAGCAACAGCCGCCCGCCAACCCACGACUGUUCCACACCCGCUUGUCCGUCUCGCUGCUCCUUAGCGUGGCCUACAAUGUCUGGAUGCUCAAGUACUGCAUCGAUACCGUGGUCCAGCAGGCGCGUCCUACCAUGAUGGUCAUGUUCCUGUUCGAGUUCGCGAUCCAGACGGUGACUUCGAGCCAGACGGCCAUCAGGUAUCUGUUUUCCAUGUGGGAGCAGCAUAUCACGCGGGUGCAGACGAGAAAUGGGUUGGAGCAGAGGAGACGGCAGAUCAGAGAGCGCAGGGCCGAGAUUCUGAGGCGCAGAGAGCAGGGUGAUGCCGAGGCGGAGAAUGAGGAGUUGCCGAGCGAGGAUGAUGUGGAAGAGAUGGAUAUCGAGGUUCCUGGCUGGGAUGCCAAGGGACUCUACAUCUUGUCGUUGGAUUUGGUUUCUGACUUCCUCAAGCUCUGCAUCUACACGGCAUUCUUCGGCGUCCUCAUAACCUUCUAUGGGUUACCCAUUCACAUCAUCAGAGACUGGUUUAUGACGACGAGGUCGUUUAUCAGGCGACUCAACGCCCUACUUCGCUACCGCCAGGCUACUCGGGACAUGGAUCAAUAUGCCGACGCUACUGAGCAAGAUCUCGGACAAGACGACACCUGCAUUAUUUGCCGAGAAGAAAUGCGCCCUUGGGACCCCCAGGACCCUGUUCGUCUCGAGCGUACUCGUGCCAAGAAGCUGCCCUGUGGCCAUAUUUUACACCAAGGAUGUCUCAAAAGCUGGCUGGAACGCCAGCAAGUGUGCCCGACCUGCCGACGACCGGUUUCUAGGGAAGGUCAGCAACCGAACCGAAAUGCGCAGGGAGGAGACUUUAAUGGACUCAACCAUCCGGCCGCACAGAAUCAGCAACCUCAACAACAGAUUAACGGUCAAGCGCCCGCUAACCAGGAUCCGAAUGGCCUGCUGCCAGGCAACCAAAGAAACCACCAGAAUAACGGAGUUAGAAUGUUCAACUUGGGUCCUAUCAGGUUAGGCUUUGCCCAAGGCCAGGACAUUCAAGAGAUGGCUAGGAGAAUGGGUAUCCCGGAGGAUAUGGCUAAUGGCCAUCAACCCUUGAAUGCGCAGGCACCACCACCAGCACAACAACCUGUCCAUGGACAUGGUGCUACUGGCAUGGAGCAAAUUCAGGCGCAGCUGGUGGAAGUCGGGCAGCGUCUGGAUCAGGAAUUGAGGGAAUUGAGCGCCACGAUAGGACAGUUCCGCUCGUUGCAGAACAUCGCUACAGAGCUGGCUCGGGUACGCCACGCUCAACAAGCGCAAGCUCUGGGGGUUACACUUCCUCAUGAGCCAGUACAGAUCCCACCAUUCCCACAAAAUAUCACUAGACAUGGCGCUGCGGACUGGGGCACGGCCAUUCCAGCUGGAAGUCCCGACUUGCCCGAAGGAGUGGUGAUCCCUGAGGGGUGGUCGCUGCUUCCUUUGGAGCGAUUGGAUGGUGGUGCUGUGGCUCCGGGACAGAAUUCCGGUCAGGUCGGUCAAGCUGGUCAGCAAGGGGACAGUAAUACAGCAACGCCAGGCACAGCAACAGCCGGGCCGGUGCCUGAGCAGCGCACAGUUGUGGGACCAAGGUCCGAUAAUACAGCUCAAAAUAGAGCCCAAAAUCAAGCCCAGGGAAAUACAGCCCCCAGUCUUCUAACCACUACACCAACCAGCCGACCCAUCACCCCCACAACUCCGGCAACUCCCAUGAGUCCUGCCGAACAGCAGCAACCGGCCACCAACACUUCAUCACCAAAACCUGCCGGGACUGUAGAGACGCAAGCUCCGCGUUCAUCAGAACCAUCAACAUCAUCUACUCAACCACAAAGUAGACUCCAAAAUCCAGUAACGAUAACGCCGGACGUGAAUACUGGGCCCUUGGGAGGGAUGAGCGCAGGCUGGAGCUUCAACAACGUUCCACCGGCUCCGCAGCCAGAGGCAUCCCAGCCCAGUAAAAAAGAGGAGGAAGAUGCUGAAGCUGACGGCCAUUUGUCUAUUGACGUAAGUGAAGGUUAUAGACCGAGGCCCAGGCCUGCUCCCGCUGCGGUUGAGGAUGCUGAGGACGAGGAGGAUUCCAGGAGCUGAGGGCCACAAAGAUGAGAUGACUUGAUGAUAUCCUCAAUGGCGUUUGGGGGAAACUUCCCACAUCCGUUUGGGCCCAAGAUAACGGCUGGUAGAGCGUUCAAUGGUGGCAGCGGUAUUGUGGACGUGGUCUUUCUCUAGUCGGUUAUACCUCUAGUUCCAGCGAUGUAAAUUUAUAAAUCAUAGUUUAUUGUUUUCCCU